GAGUUUGUGAAUGUAAGCUGGAAUCCUCUCUGCCACUCCCACAAAACAACAAGGUUACGUUAAUAUUUUCUAUAAUUGACUAAUGACUUGAGAAGUUGAAUCAUGAAACACUAAAUAAAACCACUCUGCAUUUUCCUGGAGUUGCAUUUGCCAUGGCUUUCCUUUCACCUAUCAUCCUUGUAAUACUACUACUGCUCUAUCCACAUUCCACUUGUUCUCAGAAUAUAUCCAUUGGAUCAUCUAUAACAGCAGCCUCAAACUCCAAUCCAUGGCGCUCCUCCCCCAGCGGCGAUUUCGCUCUCGGCUUCAAACAGCUUCAACCUAACACCGAUCUCUUUCUACUCGCCAUAUGGUUCGACAAGAUACCAGAAAAAACCGUAGUCUGGUACGAAAGAAGCAGCUACCCUGUCCCUCGUGGCUCCAUGCUGCGCCUGGACGCCGCCAACGGCCUUAUCCUCCAGGAUCCCCAAGGCGGCCUUCUGUACAACACUAGCAUAGGGGAUCAAGUCAGUCAUGCAUGGUUGAACGAUACCGGAAACUUUGUUAUACGGCGCAGAGAUUCCUCUAUAUUAUGGGAGAGUUUUAGGCACCCGACCGAUACAAUAUUGCCCACUCAGAGUAUUGAGAUGGGCGACACGCUUGUUUCGCGGAGAAGUGAGGCUAAUUUUUCCAUUGGAAGAUUCUACGCCUCCAUCAGCAACGACGGACGUUUCGUGUUCAACACGAAGAGCGUGCCCUCAAACUCUGGCUACGAUGAUGAGUACUACGGUGGCACCACUUCUCCUCCAAACGCUUCCGAGGCUGUGAUCCGUGUUACAUUCGACAGCGGAGCCUUGAUUUCUUUGGUGAGGAGAAAUGGACAGGACCAAAUUCUUAGUCCUAGUUCGAUUCCCCUGUCCUCAGACAACUACUACAGAGCAACUCUCAAUUUCGAUGGAGUUUUCACACAGUACUAUCAUCAAAAGAGCUUCGAGAGCAACCCGGGCUGGCAAGCUGCAAGAUCUUGGCCUCAAAAUAUCUGUAGGAACAACAAUGGGUUCACGGGCAGUGGGGCUUGUGGCUAUAACAGCGUUUGCACGCUCGUGAACCAGAGGCCGGUUUGCGAAUGCCCGGAGGGUUUUUCGCUGGCCGAUCCUGGAAAUCCGUAUGGCAACUGUGAGCCUAAGUUCGUGCAGGGUUGCACCGAUGGUGGCAAUGAGUAUGACUUGGUGAUCAUCGAUGAUACCGAUUGGCCUAACAAUGACUAUGAACAAAUAGACCCGAGCACGGAAGAGCAGUGUCGAAUUGCUUGCCAGGAGGAUUGCUUCUGUGAUGUUUCUAUAUACAGAGAUAAUAGAUGCUGGAAGAAAAGGCUGCCCCUUUCUAAUGGCAGAGUCGACUCUUCCCAAGGUUUAAAGGCAUUUCUCAAGAUAAGGAAACGUGAUAUUACUACUUUACGAAAUCCGAGACCAAGAAGAGAUCGGCAGACGUUGAUAGUUUUGAUAUCAGUGCUUUUAGGCAGCUCAGCCUUUAUCAACUGCUUAUUCAUUACUGCAGCUUGUGUCCUUUUUUUCUGUUACAACAGAAUGUUUCCAGCUCCUGGUCCUGUUCAAGACCCUUCGCCUUCAAACAUACGUUGCUUUACUUAUAAAGAACUCGUGCAGGCUACAGACGGGUUCAAAGACGAGCUAGGAAGGGGUGCUUUCGGAAUUGUCUACAAAGGGACCAUCCAAACCGGUACGGUUGCAGUGAAGAGGCUGGACAGAAUGUUUCAGGAUUCGGAUAAAGAAUUCAAGACGGAAGUGAAUGUGAUUGGGCGGACUCACCACAAGAAUUUAGUGAGCCUGAUUGGUUUCUGCGAGGAGGGGACUCAUCGCUUGCUUGUGUAUGAGUACAUGAGCAACGGAACGCUUGCAGACUUUCUUUUCGGGGAUCUGAGAGCAAGCUGGAGCCAGAGGACUCAAAUCGCAAUGGGGAUAGCGAAGGGGCUAACAUACUUGCACGAGGAGUGCAGCAGCCAGAUCAUACACUGCGAUAUAAAGCCUCACAACAUUCUCCUUGACGAUUACUACAUCGCUAGGAUAUCGGAUUUUGGGCUGGCUAAGCUUCUGACGAUGAAUCAGAGCAAGACGCUGACCAAUAUCCGAGGCACCAAAGGCUAUGUUGCUCCUGAAUGGUUCAGGAACACGCAGAUAUCGAUCAAAGUUGAUGUUUACAGCUUCGGAGUGGUGCUGCUGGAGAUCAUCUCGAGCAGGAAGAUCGUGGAGGAGGGGCUUGAAUUUGGAGAUGGUGAAAAUCCGAUUCUGACGGACUGGGCGUGGGACUGCUUUGUGGGAGGGAGAUUGGAUGCGUUGGUGAGAAACGAGGAGGACGCGUUGAGAGAGAUGGAAAUGGUGGAAAGAUUCGUGAUGGUUGGGCUUUGGUGCGUGCAAGAAGAUGCAUCGCUUAGGCCAAGCAUGAAGAAAGCAUGUCAAAUGCUGGAAGGAGUAGUCCAAGUUCCCAACCCAGUGAAUCCUUAUCAAUUCACCACAGUUGCUUGACACAGUUGCAUCUUUAUAUUCUCAUUUUCUGGCUAUUCUAUCAUCUUUUUGGCUCACAAACUCAACUGCUUCACCACAUCCUAAAUUACAUAAAUAAAAACCAUGUUUUACUUUGUAUAUUAUGGAUGUACCUCUCUAAUUAUUCAUCUUUGUGUAGAUGCUUGCAUUUCAUAUUGUAGACUGCAUACAAACUUUUAUUCGAGAAUAAGCUUAAGCCUAAAUCUGAGUCUUGAUGGUUGUUUAUAACAAUUUUUUUGUUGUAUCUUAAUACAAAAUUAUUGAUUCUAUGGAAUUACAGAAAUGAAAUCUAGAACUAUAUAGCCACAUAAUUUUAGAUAAACAAAAAAAAGUAGGAUACUCACACAAGACAUAAAAAUGAAUGUUACUUCAAGUAUUGAUAACAUACAGAAGCCCCAAAAUAUUAGAAAUCCUUUUAUAUUCUAUAGAGAGCUUGAGACACUAUAAAUUUCACUUCAUGACCAAAGAACGGAAACAACUUCGCUAAGGUGAUUGUGAAGAAUUCACUCACACUUUGGAAGAAUUCAACAUAUGAUUGUGAGUGGUGCAAUGGCAACGCCGGGGUUAGACUGCCGGCCAGAAAUAAUAACACCUCGGCGUUCGCCCAUUGCACCACAAACAAACAUGUUGCGCUAAGCUUUAAUAAUUUCUGUAAAACCUUUACUCAACCAAACCAAUCAGCAAUCCCUACGUCUACAUGUAUGUUUGAGUGAUGGGAA